AUGGCAGAAGCCUCUCUUACCUUCCCGAUGAUUUGCCUGUCCCUCUCAUUCCUCUUUGUCGUUGCCGUCUAUAAUGCUUCGAUUAUGCAGCACCUGAGCGCUUUCCAUCAUCGCGUCAUCCUUCCCGUGUACCAACAGAUUGCGCGCAAGCUUUUCAGCCAUAAUCUCAUCAAUCAAAACCCAUCAAACCGCCUCCCCGCGGCAGGGUACGAGCCAAUCAACCUCGAUAACAAAGAUGAAGAAGAACAGCAUUCUCCACCCUUCGCGAAUUCAUCCAUGCCAGCACCUGACUACUAUCGAUAUGGCGAACCUCCUGCUCUCGACAGAGACAACAUGUUUCCAGAAAGCGGUAACGAAACUGAAAUGGACGGUCACAGCUUGACCACUACAUAUGCUGGAGGCCCAUACCGUCCGCGAAGCCGGUCCACCUUGGCAGAUAUCGCCGAGUUCUCCAGCCACAGCCGAUUCUCAAGUCCUUCUGGAUCUGUAGUGUCCUCCGACGAGUAUGACUCUGACUGGUCCAACUCCGCUGUCGACGAGGCGGUCUUCGAGCCACACAACCCAGUCGAUGAUAUCCCCAUCUGGGAAUUCGAACUCGAGCGUCCUAUUUAUACCAUUGACCAACACGACCAAGGACCGGUGGCUUGGGUGGAUGAGAUUGUCGAGUGGACAUCCCAGGGCGUUUUUGCUUUUGUUGCACCCGAUAUCAUCGAACAACGGGGGUGA